ACCUACCGGUCGACUGAGAAUCAAGAGAGUAAAAAUAAAACCGUCUUCGCAAACAAAGCACUCGUGUGGCAGUGUUAUCGGCGCGCGGGUUCACAGGGUCGCGGAGACUCGAACGCACGGUUGCGUAUAUAAGCGGGGAACCUGCGACCCCGGGCCCAAUCGCGCGCUCGUCUGUGUCCGCGCGACCAAUCAGAAGCGCGAGCGAGGACCACGCCAUGAAGUCCUGUCCAGUUCUGGCGGCCGCGCUUCUCGCGUGCGUCGCGAGCUCAGCCGCCGGCAGCUACGACUACAAGGACGUCCUGCGCAAGUCCACCUUGUUCUACGAGGCGCAGCGGUCGGGCAAGCUGCCCGCCGACCAGAGGGUCAAGUGGAGGGGAGACUCCGCCCUCAACGACAAGGGCGUCAACGGCGAGGACCUCACGGGAGGAUACUACGACGCUGGUGACUGGGUGAAAUUCGGCUUCCAGAUGUCCUUCACCAUAACGGUGCUCGCUUGGGGAGUCAUCAACCACGAGGCCGGAUACAGGACCGCUGGUGCUUUGGAGGACACUCGGAAGGCCAUCAAGUGGGGCACGGACUACUUCCUGAAGGCUCACGUCAGCGAGGAGGUGUUCUACGCCCAGGUGGGCUCCGGCUGGAUCGACCACCAGACCUGGGGCAGACCAGAGGACAUGACGGAGGUGCGGCCGUCGUACAUGAUCAACGCCACCCACCCAGGAUCCGACCUGGCCGCUGAAACCGCCGCAGCGCUGGCGGCUUCCUACCUGGUCUUCAAGGACGUGAACUCCACCUACGCCAACAUCCUGCUCUCUCACGCCAAGCAGCUGUACAGCUUCGCCUACAAGUACCGUGGGAAGUACACGGACGCAUUCGACGACGUCAGAUGCUGCUACAAUUCCUCUGGCUACGAGGACGAGCUCAUCUGGGGGGCGGCGUGGCUGUACCGGGCCACGAAGGACAAGACAUACCUGACUUACGCCGAGGAGGUGUACCCCAGCAUCCAGUACUACAUCGGCUUCAACUGGGACCAGAAGAUCGGAGGCGCCGACGUUCUUCUCGCCAACCUGACUGGCGACACGAAAUACCUGACGAAGACGAAGAACUACUGCGACAACAUCAUAGCUAACCAGCAGAGGACGCCCAAGGGCCUGAUAUUCAUCGCAGAAUGGGGAUCGCUCAUGACAACAGCGUACUUCGUGGAAAUAUGUCUCGAAGCUGCUGCCCUGGGAGCGAACCCGGACAAGUACCGGGCCGAGGCGAAGAAGCAGAUAGACUACAUGCUGGGGGACACCGGCUUCAGCUACGUCGUGGGGUUCGGCAGCAAGUACCCGCUGCGCGCGCACCACAAGGCCGCGUCGUGUCCGGAUCGGCCGGCCAAGUGCGACUGGACUCAGUUCAGCAGCCCGGAGCCCAACCCGCAAGUCAUCACCGGGGCGCUGGUGGGAGGUCCCGGAGCCAACGACGACUACGAGGACGUGCGCUCCGACUACAAGGUCAACGAGGUGGACACCGUAUACAACGCCGGCUUCCAAGGCGUCCUGGCCACACUCAUCGAGCUGGGCUACUCCUCCGAGUAGACCCGCUGCUACCAACUACUGCUACUGAAACCAGCGAUCUUAAAAAUAAGCCCUCACGACGCUAGUUUCAUACAAGGCAAGCAACUGUGUGACCCUGCACGUUCUGAAAGUCAUUACGUCGGGCUGCCGGCUCACUACUACUGCUGCUACUAACUACUACUACUACUGCUUACUACUAACUACUACUACUCCGAGUAGACCCGCUGCUACUAACUACUACUGCUUACUACUAACUACUACUACUACUCCGACUAGACCCGCUGCUACUAACUACUACUGCUUACUACUAACUACUACUACUACUCCGACUAGACCCGCUGCUACUAACUACUACUGCUUACUACUAACUACUACUACUCAUACUAGACCCGCUGCUAAUAACUACUGAUACUAACUACUACUACUAACUACUACUACUCCUCCGACUAGACCAGCCCGCGGUGACGUGAAAGAGGCCCCGUCUGCUGACCGACUGUGGAAGAAGACAUGAACAGCGGUACCGCGACCGUCGAAGCCUUUCCCGACAGCCUCUUCGCGAACUCUUAAACGCAAAAAAAACCUUAGCAACACAAUGGAAAAUCUCUGUGAAUAUUAAACUACUUUACCUACAAAA